UAAAUCCCAUUAGCGAAAGAGCGCCAAACUUAAAAGGUCUCACUGUAUCAGCUUUCCCCCCGAAGUUCAGAACCUAAACUCACAUACUCACCUCCGCUCGAGAAUGCCGGAGCUUCCAGAGGUGGAGGCGGCUCGGAGAGCCGUGGAGGAACACUGCACCGGCUUAAAGAUCAAGAAAGCCAUAAUCGCCAACGAUUUUAAGGUCAUCGAUGGCGUGUCUUCUGAGGACUUCGAGGCUUCUAUUCUGGGGAAAACCAUCGUCGCUGCUCACCGCAAGGGCAAACACAUGUGGAUUCAGCUCGAUUCUCCUCCUUUUCCUACUUUCCAGUUUGGAAUGGCCGGUGCUGUGUAUAUCAAGGGAGUAGCUGUUACAAAAUAUAAACGGUCUGCUGUCAGUGAUGAGGAUGAGUGGCCUUCCAGACAUUCGAAGUUUUUCAUUGAACUGGAAAAUGGCUUGGAGCUUUCAUUCACUGAUAUGAGGAGAUUUGCUCGAGUUCGGUUACUUGAAAAUCCAGCUGCUGUGCCUCCUAUAUCAGAGCUUGGACCUGAUGCAUUAUUGAAGCCAAAGACAAUAGAAGAGUUCCACAAAGCUCUAAGCAAGAAAAAGAUUGGAAUUAAGACCCUUUUAAUUGACCAGAAUUUUAUAUCUGGUAUUGGUAACUGGAUUGCAGAUGAAGUGCUAUAUCAGGCAAGAAUUCAUCCACUGCAGAUCACUUCAAGCAUGUCCAAAGAAAGUUGUGCAGCACUACUCAAAUGCAUAAAUGAGGUUAUAGAGUUUUCAGUUGAUGUUGAUGCUGACAGCAGCCGCUUCCCUGCUGAGUGGUUAUUUCAUUAUCGGUGGGGCAAAAAGCCUGGAAAAGUUAAUGGGAGGAAAAUUGAAUUCUUAGUUGCCGGUGGCAGGACAUCGGCCAUUGUACCUGAGCUACAAAAGCUAACAGGAUCUCAGCCUGCUAAAGCUAGUAAAAAGCAGGACAAAAAAUCAGGGGGAAAAGAUACUACUGCUGCUGCUGAUGAAGAUGAGCCAGCAAAAACUACUCCAAAAAGAAAGUCUAAUAAAAGCAUUGACAAUGAUGCUUCUUCUGGUGGGAGUGACGAUGAGAAUGACUUCGACGCAUCUCAGAAGCCAUCCAAGAAAAAGGCAGCAUCCACCCGAAGCAGGAAGCAGUCCAAGAAAGCAAAGUAGUAUCCGAUGGUCAUAUAAAAUAGCGAGAACAACUUCAGUCAUAUGCUUUUGUAUAGCAUGGAAUGUAGCUAGUAGCAGUAAUUUUUUGUAAAUUAAGGUGGGAUUUUUGCUUUUGUCAUACCUACCUACCAAUCGGUUAUGCUGACUGCAUCAUUUGCAUGUGUAUCUGUAGCUAGAAAGUACCCUGAAUUGGAUAACCAUUAUGUAUAUGCAGUCAUGAACAGCACUGCAACUUGUUUAUGUCUAUUCUGUACCCUAGUGGUCUCUAGACUGUAGCAUUCUGACCCUUAUGCAAGGAAAUUGUUCCAAACAUUUUGAGAUUUUGCAUCUCAAAUUGUUUCUUAGAACAACAUUUUACUUA